AUGGGCCGCCUCCUCCAGAAGGUCGAGGAGGCCAAGGCGGUCCCCGCCGUCACAGUCUGGGCCACCGCCGCCACCAGCCGCGCUUUCCUCGAGCCCCUCGGCCAGCAGGUCCCUGAGGACGACGAGGAGGCUCGCAACGCGGCCAGGCGCUGCGCCGAGACUCACCAGGCGGCCACGCUCGCUGCCAAGCGGGCCAAGGUCGACGACGCCGAGGGCCCCCAGCGGUGGCUGGUCAGCCUGCAGGCGCGGCUGGCGCGCCCCCUGCUCCUGCUGCUCCCGCGGCCGCCAGUGGAGGCCAUCAUCGCCCCUGACACGGGCCAUGAGGACGUCGCCGUCCUCUGCGGCAACAUCACGGAGUGGGGCCCCCGGGUCCAGGGCUUCCUGCAGUCCGACCGCGUCAAGCGCUUCGACGGCGUCGCCUGCGUCGAGCUGCGCCGCGCGGAGACCCACUCCAGGUCCAUCAUCAAGGCCUUCCGCAAGGACGGCUGGAAGGCGACGCACUCCCCCGGGGUCUCCACGGGCAAGGACGGCGUCGCAGGAGUCGAGCUCAUGGUGGUGCGCGCGCCCCUCCAAGCCACCACCUUCGACCAUUGGCGCGACGCCAAUGGCGCUGCGCAUUGCGGCUACGCCCCCAUGAUCCUGCGCGCGACGGCGGGCAACAUCAUCGCGGUGGCGCUCUACCUGCACCCUGCGCUCGGCUUCGGCAAGCGCGACAGGGACACCCUCGUCGCACUGGGGGCUUUCCUCGCGUUGCAGAAGGCCCCGUGGAUCGUCCUCGGCGAUUGGAACCACGAGCCGCACCAGCUCGCCCAGUCGGGCUGGGUCGCCAAGCUGGGCGGCGCGGUCAUCGCCCCCGACGUCGCCACCACGCGCGACAAAGAGCUGGGCCGCCUGCUGGACUACGGCCUCGCCAAAGACGGCCACCAGCACUUCUCGCUGAAGGCAUUCCUGAAGGCGCCGGGCGACGCACUGCGGGCCCCAGCUCGCCCUCCACGGCGCCUGCCAGAGAUGGUGGUAUCAGGCGCUGGGCGCCCCGCGCAGCCUCCCGGCGACCGCGCGCGCCAAGGCGGUAGCGGACCCCAAUAUAGCAAGAGGCCCAGGCAGAGGCAUGCCGCGCUCCAACGGCGGGCGGCGGCCCUGCCAGCAGAGCUCGGCGCCGAUUUCGAGGAUGUGCAGCUGGGCCGCUGGCGCGGCUGCUCGGAGGGCCCGCCCGCCAGCGGGCCGACUGCUGUCCUGCCCGACCCCCGCCAGGGCCCCGCGGGCCACGACGCCAGCCCGCGGCCAGCCCCAGCCCCCGCGGAUGGAGGCGGCUCCCUCUCUGCCGCCCAGGCCGGCCUCGACCAGUUCCACGACUGCCUGGCCUCGCCCCAGGAUCCGCCGACCCAGGACACGCCCCACGGGUUCGCCAGCCAGCCCACGGCGCCGUCGCCGCCGCAAGGGCAGGCCCCACGCGACGCCCCCACCGCCCCUUUCCUCGCCCCGCUGGACACCUGGCUCGGGGCCACACCCUGCCGGCACAGCGAUGCACAGGUCCACCCCGACCUGUUCUACCACCCCUUCCUCGACGAGCGCGAGGACCAGGCCCACGCCCAUGCGGAGCCCUACGGCAGAAGGGUCGCCCAGGUCAAGGCCGCCAUCCUACGGCGCGAGGGCUGCGACAAGGCGAACUGGGCUGCCCGCCAGGGCAGGGCGCGCGGCGUCGGCGUCGCCUGGAGCCACGCGGCAGCUAGCCCAGGCACGGCCCACCUCCACCAUCCUGAAGCUGACGCCUGGGCCACCCGCAGCGCCAACCUCGCGGCCAUCCUCGCGCUGGCUGCCAGCGGCAAGGACUACCGACAGCUGCUGCGGCGCCUCGACUUGCACCGCAGCACCCUCGCGGACAUCGGCAAGCUCCCGGCCGCCAAGCGCACGGACCAGCUGGCGGUCGACCAGCGCAGGGCCACGGUGAUCCUCGACCAGCCCCGUCAGGAGCAGGCGGCCGCCAGGCAGCUCGCCCUCGACCUCGCUGGCGACGCCGCGCGAAGGGCCUUCCAGCACGGGCGCCAAGCCUUCGCGGCCUGGGCGGCCAAAGCCACGCUGGGCCAGCUCCACCGCUGGACCAAGGACGGCGACUUGGAGCGGCUCGAAGACCCCGCCGAAGGCACCCUGGCGGACCCCGUCGAGGUCAUGCUGGCCAAGACCACCACGUGGCAGUGGCAGAAGGUCUGGACCGCCCCCGCCGACCGCACGAAAGCCAUACCGGUGGCUUUGGCUUCGUUCCGUGUUCUCGCGGCGCAGGAGGCCCUCGAGCCCAUCGCGGCGGACUGCCUCAACGCGGCCACUGGCAAGCCGGGUCCCCGCAUGGCCUGCCGCAAGGCCCAGGGCGUCGACAGGCUCAGCCCGCUGGACGUCGAGCGCUUCCCCGACUGCGCCAAGGAGCAGUUCCUGGCCGUCCUCCACCAGGCUGGGGCGCAUUGCAUGUGGCCGCCGCAGCUCAACGGCACCCUGGGAGCGGUAGCGGGCAAGCUUGCGGGAGGGGACCGAGUCCUCGGCCUGCUCCCCAUGCCGGUCCGCAUCUGGGCUCGUGCGCGCAGUGGCGUCGUCGACCAGUGGACCCAGGGCCUGGAG